CGGAGCCUCCUGCAGUUUGCAGGCGUACAGACAGCCAGAGGAAUACCACGGCUGUGCCUCUGCUCUGCCUUGGACUGUGGUGUGGGCUAUAGCGCUGCAGACGCGGCGUCCCCACUGUCUCAACGUUGAGCCUGUGCGGCAGCGGCAGAAUUCACUCUGCUACCGCCUUGCCUGCUGCAAUUCGCCGCUCCCAGAGAGAGAAACCCGUCUGUACUCCACUUUCAAGUCGCUAAAGGAGACCGUGGAUUGGAACUAAUUAUUGCGCCUAUUGGAUCAAUUUGAGUGGACUUACUGUUAGGUCGUUGUUUUUCAUGGUUGAAUACAGUAGGCUAUAUGGAUACCCAAUUUGCGUGAUAUUGGUUCAUGAUUGAAAAGCGCGGAGGGGCGUGGAAUUAAUUGACAUCUAUUUGGUCUUCUUGGAUGUAAAACAACCGAGAUUUAUUUCUCCCCACUCCUCCCUUCCCAUCUCCUCACCUUCAACAUGACUUCUCUGUCUGGGACCAAAGAGAGGUCUGUGACCAGCAGGAGCAGAAAAUACGGGAUUACAGACACCUCCCCGACAAAAUCAACCUCCUUCUCCCCGGAGACAUGGUACAGAAAGGCCUAUGAAGAGUCCCGGACCGGCAGCCGACCAGCUCCAGAGGGAGCCGGAUCUAUGCCCAGCUCCACAGGCACCCCCUCCCCAGGAUCUGGCACCUCGUCCCCGGGAUCCUUCUCCGGUUCCCCCGGGACCAUAUCUCCAGGGAUCGGGACCGGUUCCCCUGGGUCUCUCGGUGGCUCGCCAGGUUUCGGUACAGGUUCGCCUGGCUCUGGCAGCGGGAGCUCCCCUGGUUCUGAGAGAGAGAGGGGGAUAUGGUGUGAGCACUGCAAUGCCCGGCUGGCGGAGCUGAAGAGACAGGCGCUGAAGCUACUGAUUCCCGGUCCCUACUCCAGCAAGGAUCCGUCCUUCUCCCUGCUCCUCCACGACAAGCUUCAGGUGCCCAACAGCUCGGGGCGGGCCUGGAAUGAGCGUGACAGUCGCUGUGAUGUGUGUUCCACCCACCUGACCCAGCUGAAACAGGAAGCAGUCCACAUGGUGCUGACCAUGGACCAAUGGGACCUGUCCCCCAGCUCGCCCCCCACCCUGCCCAGCCACAGUGGCCCUCCACAGGGCCCCACAGCCCCAUGGGACUGGGCCUACCUCCCGUCAGCCGCAGCAGCCUACCCCCAUCCCCGUCCAAACCCACACCACCCUACCAUGCCUCCAACGUCCUCUACUGCGUCCUUCUCCAGCCUCAGCCAUGCUGCGUCCAACCCCAGCCCAGGUGCAACUUCUGUGGGUCAAACAUCCACCCAUGCAGCCUCUUCUGUGCCGGCCCCGGCGUCCUCAUCGCCGGCUCCAUCCCCGGUGCACCAGGGAGGGCAACCCCGCCAAGGUUCCAAGCCCAGUUCCCUAGGAGUGGGCCUCGGGGUGGAGAGGAGGAACGGCUCCCCGGCACACUCCAGUAAGGCCACCGGUGUCCCGUCGUCCCAGCCGCCCAACAGCCCCGGUAGUAACGGGAACCAUGCUGGGAGUGGAGCAGUGCUGAGUACAGCAGCACUACAGGCUCACCAGUACAUGUCUCGCACCAACGGAGGAGGAGUCACACUCUACCCCUACCAGAUCUCCCAGAUGAUAUCUGAUGGGUGUCGAGAGGGUGUGACGGAGGCAGUUCUGAACCGCUACAACGCUGAUCGCCCCUCGUCCUCGCAGGCCCCUCCCACUACGCAGGUUACCACGGCAGCACCAACCACCACCUCUGCUGCCGCGUCCUUCUUCGCCAGAGCUGCUCAGAAGUUGAACCUGUCAUCGAAGAAGAAGAAGCAGCGCCCAGCGCCCCCCCCAGUGGUGUGUGACCCCCCUCUGUUCCCCACCAACUUCAGUGGGACCCUGCAGACCGGCCCUCCCCCCGCCCCACCUUGCCUGUUACGGGCUGCCAGCAAGAUCAAAGACACCCCCGGACUGGGCAAGGUGAAGGUGAUGGUGCGUGUGUGUCCUGUGAUGUCCUCGGACGCAGCAGAGUCCAGCUCUUUCCUCAAGGUGGACACCAGGAAGAAGCAGGUGACCAUUAUGGAUCCAUCAGCCAACCAGAUGCAAGGAAACACCCUCCAGAAACGAGGAGUCAAUCAGGCCCCACCUAAGAUGUUUGCCUUCGACGCCGCCUUCCCCCAUGAUGCAUCACAGGCGGAGGUGUGUGCUGGUACUGUAGCUGAGGUCAUUCAGUCGGUGGUGAACGGAGCAGAUGGCUGUGUCUUCUGCUUCGGACACUCUAAACUGGGUAAAUCCUACACCAUGAUAGGUGGUGACGAGUCCAUGCAGACCCUGGGGAUCAUCCCCUGUGCCAUCUCCUGGCUCUUCAAGCUCAUCAACGAGAGGAAGGAGAAGACGGGAGCACGCUUCUCUGUCCGAGUCUCAGCCGUAGAGGUUUGGGGUAAAGAGGAGAACCUGAAGGACUUGCUGUCUGAAGUAGCGACAGGCAGUUUGCAGGACAGCCAGUCCCCUGGAGUUUACCUCUGCGAGGACCCCAUCUGUGGCAUGCAGCUCCAGAACCAGAGUGAGCUGCGAGCCCCCACGCCAGAGAAAGCAGCCUUCUUCCUGGAUGCAGCCAUAGCAGCUCGCUAUAGCAACAGAGCUGACUCCGACCCGGAGGAGCAUCUCAACUCACACAUGCUGUUCACACUGCACAUCUACCAGUACCGCAUGGAGAAGACUGGCAAGGGAGGGAUGUCGGGAGGUCGCAGUAGACUCCACCUGAUAGACCUGGGCAGCUGUGUGAAGGUGCUGGGAGGAGAGAAGGGCAGGGAGAGCAGUGGUAGUACAGCAGCAGGGCUGUGUCUGUCUCUGUCUGCCCUGGGGAACGUUAUCCUGGCUCUGGUCAACGGCAGCAAACAUAUCCCCUACAAGGACAGUAAGCUGACCAUGCUACUGAGAGAGUCACUGGGCAACAUGAACUGUCGGACCACCAUGAUCGCCCACAUCUCCUCGUCGCCUAGCAACUUCUCUGACACGCUCUCCACCCUCCAGAUCGCCUCGCGCCUCCUCCGUAUGAAGAAGAAGAAGACCAAAGUCAGUAUGCAAUACACGUCCAGUUCGUCAGGGGGUGAGAGUUCGUGUGAGGAGGGUCGUAUGCGUCGCCCCACCCACCUGAGACCAUUCCACUCCCGUAGCUCUGCCGACUCCAACCUUCCCCUGCUGCACCUCUCCAGCGACCCAGAUGACUACUCCAGUAGCGAGCAGUCCUGUGACACCGUCAUCUACGUGGGCCCCAAUGGGGGUGCUAUCUCGGACCGUGAGCUGACCGACAACGAGGGUCCGCCAGAGUUUGUCCCCAUCAUUCCUGCUCUGCUGAAGAGCAAAGCCGAGUCUGGCGUCCUGCCGACUACACCAACUCUACAACAACAACAGCAACAGACAGUACUCUCCCAGACCCAGCCCCAGCCUGCCCCUACACAGACACACACCCAGCCCUCUGCCCUGCCGACACAGUCCCUCACCUCCCUAACCCAGCCCCCACUCCCUCUCCUCCAACCCCUGGGCCAACCCCUGCCCCCUGUGCCAGAGGAAGGAGCGGAGUGUCUCAAGUGCAACACCUUCGCCGAGCUGCAGGAGCGGCUGGAGUGUAUCGACGGGAGCGAAGAGGUGGCCAAGUUCCCCUUUGAGGAGGUGCCGGUUAGUAAGGGGGCCAAGUCUGACACCCUGGUCCCCCCUGGGUCUGAGACGGAGCCUACGGGAGGGGUGGGAGUGGAGGUAGAGACCUCCAGGAGGAUGUCCAAUGACGAGCAGCUCCAGGAGAUCAGGGAGGUGGUGGAAGAGGCAGAACUGGCCCAGACCAUGAUAGAGAGUCUGAGCCUGACCGGCAACAGCAGUGUGACGGGCAGCAGUGGAGCUGGACACACUAACACUAACCCUCUACAGAGGGCCAAGAGCGCCAGCCUCCAUGACAGUCGUGAGUCUCUGAGCGCAGGCAGUAGCAGUGAUGGUAAGCCCCGCCCCCUGGGUUCUCCUCGGCUGGGCAUCGCCUCUCUUACCAAGACCUCUGACUACAGACCUCCUUCCUCACCCUCACAGCGCUGCAAGGUCUACACCCAGAAGGGUGUGAUGCCGGGAACACCCCCUCUGUCCUGCCAGAGUCUGUCUACUGCAGACAGCCUGGCUGCAGAUAGUGGGAGGUCCUCUACAGAUUCCCUGCUGCAGCUGGAGUCCCUGUCCAGGACCUCCCCAUUGAGAAUGAGUCCCCAGGUGCUAAAGCGCACCAACUCCUUGUCUGCCAGCCUGGGGUCGGCUGAGACCCUGUGUGACGAUAAUGUUCCUCAGAUACCUCUGGAUGUACGCAGGGACACCCCAGUUCCUGCUCUAGCCCUCUGCCCCUCCUCUACCCCAGCCCCAGCAGACCCUCGUUCUCUAGGGGAAGAUGAGCUGGUAUUCACCCUGGGGUGUGAGGAGGGGCUGGAUGUCCGGGGCCUGCUGGAGAGUGGCGGUCGUCCCACUAGCAUCAUUAGCUUCACCAGCGACUGUUCCGUCACCGCCCUGGCCUCGGGAUCCCGCCCUGUCUCCAUCAUCAGCAGCAUCAGCGAUGACCUGGAGUGCUACGGAAACCACACUACUGUCAUUGCUACGACCACCGGAAUGGUCACAAUGACAAGCGCCUCAGUUGCCGGGGUGAUCGCCAUGGCGGAAGUCAGCAUGGCGAAGCUUCGCAUGGAAGGAGAGGCGAUGGCGGCGCUGCCUAGCUGCCGGUCGUCCAUCUCAUCAUGGCUGAGUGAGCUGAGUGCUGGGAGUGACGGGGAUCAGUCCCUGCACAGUUUCGGCCAGUCCUAUGGACAUGGGGAGGCUCUGGCUGAGCUAGACCCCCCACAGGUGCCUCUCUCUGGGGCAGAGGAGCAAGAUGAGGUGUCCCUGGGUUCUAGAGGACGGAAGACUCCUGACAGCGACGUAGUGUUGUGUGGAGAUGAGAAAGGAACGGAGAAGGAGAAAAGCACCCUGACUAAAGAGAGGCUGAAGAGACUGUCUCCCUCCAUGGGUAAGACCAACAUUACAGUCUUCAACAUCCAGACCCUGGGGGCCUCCAGCAACUUCAUCCCCUUCAAGACCAACAUCACAGUCCACCCCUGUGUGGCCGUCAAACCCAUGGUUAUACAGGAGCCCACUAUACUGUCCUCCCCUACCAAGACUCACCUGUUGUCCAAGGACCCAGCCAAGCCUGCCCUAGCCCAAGCCCUGGUCUUGGCCUCCAUGUCCAGCGAUCUCAGCUUCGACGACCCCUGGAUGAAGAGAGAUGGAGGCGAUGUGAGGCCUAAGGAGCUGGUGUGUGAGGUGAAGCCGGAGAAGAGGGUGGUGGAGCCACCAGUCAAGACAGACCCAGCUAAGACCCAGGCCUGGCCCCAGGGUGACAGGGCCAGCAGGGUGGACAGUGGCUACGGAGGGGACCGUUGCAGCUCCAGCAGCGGUGAGACCGUCUCCUCUCCAGACUCCUGUAAGAGGGUGGUGGACGGCUGUGAGAUGGUGCUGGUCAGCUCUGGGGAGUGUCUGAUGACUCCCGUCUACUCUGCCGACAUCCUGCGCACCGCCAGUCUGCCCCGCGGCUGGCACCGGAUCAACCGCCACGACGGCCUAGACGAGGACUCACUCCGCUACGGCGCUAAUGGAGGAGGGGCAGGGGGGGAGUCUCGGGGCCUAGGGAUCACCACCUCCACCCCCUGUAGUCCGAGGGCAACACUGGACCGACGGGGGUCAUCCGGGAGACAAGGCCUGUUCUCCCGCCAGAAAGGGAUCCCACCGCUGCCACCAGUACGCAAGUCCAGUCUGGACCAGAAGAACCGGUCAGGAGGCCCCCUUAGCCCCCUGCACGCACCCAUCCAUGGCCUCUCCUUCCUGGGGAGCACCCCGGAGGACCUAGAUGGGCUUGGUGGAGGGAAACAGAAGGGGUCUAAUGUGGAGAGCAGUAGGUUGUUCAGUGCUAAACUAGAGCAACUGGCUAACAGAACCAACUCUCUGGGGCGGUCCCAUGGAGGUCACAGCUCUCUUGGCCCCCACUACGACUGCCUCUCCCUGGAGAGGGGGGAGAGCCUCAGCACCUUGGUCUGGAAGGGGGCAGCCGGAGGGGGGAGGGGGGACUGCAAUAUGCCCCAUCCCGGACGUAGCAUCCGCUGUGGCUCAGUGUCAUCCUCCUCCCCUAAUGGAAACUGUUCCGGUAACAGCCCCGGCAGUGCUCCCAAGUCGCCCAAGUCGAGCCAGUCGAAGAUCUCAGCGGUCAGCAAGCUGCUGAUGGCCAGCCCUAAGACCCGCAGCCUUUCGGCCUCCAGCACCAAGACACUCAGCUUCUCCACCAAGUCUCUUCCCCAGUCUGUCAACCGCAGCUCCAGUUUGCCUCCCAACGGCAAGACCCAGCCCCAGCCCCAGGGUCAGACCUCCAGCCAGGCCCUGGGACAAAACAAGGAACCCAGCUCUGGCUCCUGGGCCACCCAGUCUCUGAGUCGCAGCCGAGGGGGAGGCCUGGCCGCCAAGCUGCCUCUGAGAGCCGCCAACGGACGCAUCUCCGAGCUGCUUCAGGGCAACGGAGGCUCUCGAUCCACCAGUCACAACCGAGGAGGAGGCUCCGAAGCUGGGGAGGAGAGGGGUGCUGGAGGAAGUGGAGGUGGAGCAGGUGGUGGAGGGGCACAGGGAGAGGAGAGACCAGUGAUGGUCCACACCCUGCCGUCUCCCUACAGUAAGAUCACAGCCCCCAAGCGGCCCCAGCGCUGCAGUAGCGGCCAUGCCAGUGACAACAGUAGUGUUCUGAGUGGAGAGCUGCCCCCGGCCAUGGGGAAGACAGCCCUGUUCUACCACAGCGGGGCCAGCAGUGGCUACGAGAGCAUGCUGAGGGACAGCGAGGCCACAGGAAGCACCUCCUCUGCCCAGGACUCUCUGAGCGAACAUAGCUCAGCCACCAGCAGCAGCCGCCGUAGCCUCAAGAACAACAAGAAGAGGAACAACAACACAGGUACCCAGCGUCGUCGUCUGAUUCCCAGCCUGACCCUGGACUCGUCCUCUCUGAUCAGGAAGCCCGCCAUCAGCUCCAGCGUACGCUGGGUAGACGGCCCGCUAAGCCCCGCCCCCAGGGGAACCACAGAACCCUUCGAGAUAAAGGUCUACAAGAUAGACGACGUGGAGCGCCUGCAGAGGAGGAGAGAGAAAGGAAACAAGGAGGUGGUUUAUCUCAGUGCUAAGCUGAAGACCUUGGAGCACAGGCAGCAGCGGAUCUCCGAGGUCCGAGCCAAGUACGACUGGCUGAAGAAAGAGCUGGAGCAGACCAAGCAGCACCUGAUGCUGGAGCCAGAGAAAUGGACCACUGAAUUUGACCUGCAGCAGACGUUUGAGGUGGACUCUCUGGAGUACCUGGAGGCUCUAGAGGUGAUGACAGACAGACUGGAGACCAGGGUCAACUUCUGCAAGGCUCACCUCAUGAUGGUCACCUGCUUCGACGUGACCUGCUGCCGCAGGUAGACCCACGGACGGACCACACCUCCGCUAGGACCGUUAGGACCCAAAGGACUAGGAGCAGCUCGGAUACAACAGCAGAGAGAGGGAUGGAGUGGAGGGAGGGAUUUCCUUGAGGAGGAAGAAGAAGAAGAAGAACAAAGGCAGACACUAAAGAUGAAUAUUUUUUUAAGCAGCGGGACAGGGAGCGAGGGAGGGAGGGAGAGGAGGAUGAAGAAGAGAAUGAAGAGGAGGAAGAGAGGGUGUUUUUUUAACAUUUUUAAAUGAGGAGUAUAUCUCCCACCUGACAGGAAGAGCACUUUUACUGUGGAGUUGUUGGAGAUGAAGUUUGUAAAUAAAGUUGUGCUUGCUUUGAAUAAGGACUGGCUGACAGACGGCUAUAGACACGUAGGGAAAAAAAGAGAAAAGAACGACAGAAAAGAAAAGAAAACCAACCUUGUGUGUGAAAGACAAGUGCCUUGCGAACACUUCGAAAUCGGAACCAUUGCUCCUGUAUUUGUGUACAGAUGGUGCUAGCUGAAAAAAAGAAGAGAUCUCAAAAGUAAAAAAAAGAAAUAAGUUGUGGAAAGUAAAAACCACAGCUCCGUUUUACUCGGUGUUUCCUCCCCUGACUAGCUGUUCUCAGUGGCUUGUAUUGUUCUGCACUAGUUAGGAUUCAACUUUAGGAACUGCUACGUGUACGUUUUCUAUACCUCUUUUUAAAAAUUCUCUGAAGACAGUGACACCACACAGAGUGCUUUAGGGGAUAGGAAAUGAUGUAUAAGGACGGACAAGACCCAGGGAAGGGAGGUGGUGGUGGUGGUUUAUCUUAUGGCCCAUUGAUUUCAUUGUCAUCCCUCAGGCUAUGUUAACUGAAGUAUUCAGUCGGGGGUUCAGGCCUAACACACACCCACCACCCACACGUCCCCUAACGAUGAUCAAGAGGUGCAGAGAGACAUCAGCUAGAAAGGAGGGGAGAUGGAGGGAUGAACAAAGGCUAAAAGAAAAUGUUAUCAUUAGGGGAACAUCAUAAUAACGACCAUAGAAGGGGAUGGGUGUGACCAUGUGAUUAAUGGGUUAAAGGGACACUGCUCUAUUCUACAGGUCUAAAAAAUGGGGGACAUCUGAGUUUAAAUAUGAGUGUAGAGGAAAAUGUCCCAUUCACUCUGCUUGGUGCCACUGUCGUGGUGCAUUCACUUUCAUAAUAGUUUGGUGCUUGAGACAGUUUCAGAUCUAAAUGUUUGUAUACACAUACAUACAUAUAUAUAUACACAUAUAUACACACAUACAUAUAUAUAUAUAUAUAUAUACAGUAGGAGUUAUUUUAACUCGUUUUUCAAACAUUGCACAAAUUUCUUGUUAACAAACUAUAAUUUUGGCAAGUCGGUUUGGACAUCUACUUUGUGCAUGACACAAGUCAUUUUUCCAACAGAAGUUUACAUACCCUAAGUUGACUGUGCCUUUAAACAGCUUGGAAAAUUCCAGAAAAUAAUGUCAUGGCUUUAGAAUCUUCUGAUAGGCUAAUUGACAUUGGAGGUGUACCUGUGGAUGUAUUUGAAGGCCUACUUUCAAACUCAGUGCGUAUUUGCUUGACAUCAUGGGGAAAUCUAAAGACAUAUCAGCCAAGACCUCAGAAAAACAAUUGUAGACCUCCACAAGUCUGGUUCAUCCAAUUUCCAAUCGCAUGAAGGUACCACGUUCAUCUGUACAAACAAUAGUACGGAAGUAUAAAUACCGCCAUAAAAAAGCCAGACUACAGUUUGCAAAUGCACAUAGGGACAAAUAUCAUACUUUUUGGAGAAAUGUCCUCUGGUCUGAUGAAACAAAAAUAGAACUGUUUGGCCAUAAUGACCAUCGUUAUGUUUGGAGGAAAAAGGGGGAGGCUUGUAAGCCGAAGAACACCAUCCCAACCGUGAAGCACCGGGGUGGCAACAUCAUGUUGUGGGGUGCUUUGCUGCAGGAGGGACUGGUGCUAUAUUCACAAAAUAGAUGGCAGAAUGAGGGAGGAAAAUUAGGUGGAUUUACUGAAGCAACAUCUCAAGACAUCAGUCAGGAAGUUAAAGCUUGGUCGCAAAUGGGUCUUCCAAAUGGAUAAUGACCCCAAGCAUACUUCCAAAGUUGUGGCAAAAUGGCUAAAGGCCAACAAAGUCAAGGAGUGGCCAUCACAAAGCCCUGACCUCAAUCCUAUAGAACAUUUGUGGGCAGAACUGAAAAAGUGUGUGCGAGCAAGGAGGCCUACAAACCUGACUCAGUUCCACCAGCUCUGUCAGGAGGAAUGGGUCAAAAUUCACCCAACUUAUUGUAGGAAACUUGUGGAAGGCUACGUGAAACGUUUGACCCAAGUUAAACAAUUUAAAGGCAAUGCUACCAAAUACUAAUUAAGUGUAUGUAAACUUCUGACCCACUGGGAAUGUCAUGAAAGAAAUUAAAGCUAAAAUAAAUCAUUUUCUCUUCUAUUAUUCUGAUAUUUCACAUUCUUAAAAUAAACUGACCUAAAACAGGGUAUUUUUACUAGGAUUAAAUGUCAGGAAUUGUGAAAAACAGAAUUUGGCUUAGGUUGUAUGUAAACUUCCGACUUCAACUGUAUACAUAUGUGUGUGUAUAUAUACAUAUAUGCAAAUGUAUGUGUAUAUAUACACAGGGGCACAAAAGUAUUUAGUCAGCCACCAAUUGUGCAAGUUCUCCCACUUAAAAAGAUGAGAGAGGCCUGUAGUUUUCAUUAUAGGUACACUUCAACUAUGACAGACAAGAUGAGAAAAAAAAUCCAGAAAAUCACAUUGUAGGUUUUUUUAUGAAUUUAUUUGCAAAUGAUGGUGGAAAAUAAGUAUUUGGUCACCUACAAACAAGCAAGAUUUCUGGCUCUCACAGACCUGUACCUUCUUCAACAGGCCCCUCUGUCCUCCACUCGUUACCUGUAUUAAUGGCACCUGUUUGAACUUGUUAUCAGUAUAAAAGACACCUGUCCAUAACCUCAAACAGUCACACUCCAAACUCCACUAUGGCCAAGACCAAAGAGCUGUCAAAGGACACCAGAAACAAAAUGGUAGACCUGCACCAGGCUGGGAAGACUGAAUCUGCAAUAGGUAAGCAGCUUGGUUUGAAGAAAUCAACUGUGGGAGCAAUUAUUAGGAAAUGGAAGACAUACAAGACCACUGAUAAUCUCCCUCGAUGUGGAUCUCCACGCAAGAUCUCAUCCCGUGGGGUCAAAGUGAUCACAAGAACGGUGAGCAAAAAUCCCAGAACCACACGGGGGGACCUAGUGAAUGACCUGCAGAGAGCUGGGACCUAAGUAACAAAGCCUACCAUCAGUAACACACUACGCCACCAGGGACUCAAAUCCUGCAGUGCCAGACGUGUCCCCCUGCUUAAGCCAGUACAUGUUCAGGCCCAUCUGAAGUUUGCUAGAGAGCAUUUGGAUGAUCCAGAAGAAGAUUGGGAGAAUGUCAUAUGGUCAGAUGAAACCAAAAUAUAACUUUUUGGUAAAAACUCAACUCGUCGUGAUUGGAGGACAAAGAAUGCGGAGUUGCAUCUAAAGAACACCAUACCUACUGUGAAGCAUGUGGGUGGAAACAUCAUGCUUUGGGGCUGUUUUUGUGCAAAGGAACCAGGACGAUUGAUCCGUGUAAAGGAAAUAAUGAAUGGGGCCAUGGAUCGUGAGAUUUUGAGUGAAAACAUCCUUCCAUCAGCAAGGGCAUUGAAGAUGAAACGUGGCUGGGUCUUUCAGCAUGACAAUGAUCCAAAACACACCGCCCGGACAACGAAGGAGUGGCUUCGUAAGAAGCAUUUCAAGGUCCUGGAGUGGCCUAGCCAGUCUCCAGAUCUCAACCCCAUAGAAAAUCUUUGGAGGGAGUUGAAAGUCUGUGUUGCCUAGCAACAGCCCUAAAACAUCACUGCUUUUGAGGAGAUCUGCAUGGAGGAAUGGGCCAAAAUACCAGCAACAGUGUGUGAAAACCUUGUGAAGACUUACAGAAAACAUUUGACCUCUGUCAUUGCCAAAAAAAAGGGUAUAUAACAAAGUAUUGAGAUAAACUUUUGUUAUUGACCAAAUACUUAUUUUCCACCAUAAUUUGCAAAUAAAUUCAUUCAAAAUCCUACAAUUGGAUUUUUUUUCUCAUUUUGUCUGUCAUAGUUGAAGUGUACCUAUGAUACAAAUUACAGGCCUCUCUCAUCUUUUUAAGUGGGAGAACAUGCACAAGUGGUGGCUGACUAAAUACUUUUUUUGCCACACUGUAUAUACAUACAUAUAUAUAUAUAUAUAUAUAUAUAUAUAUAUAUACACAUAUAUAUAUAUAUGUAUAUAUAUAUACACAUAUACACAUAUAUAUAUAUAUAUAUAUAUAUAUAUAUACACAUAUACACAUAUAUAUAUAUACACAUAUAUAGCUUGUUUCCUAAAAUAACUUUCAGACAUAAAUGCUUCUUCUUCAUCUUACCAUCAUAUUUAACGACGUAGUGUCCUUGGCUGUUUUGAAAGGCAUUUAUAAAAAAAUAUAUAUAUUUUUUAUUAUCAUCCUCAUCAUUCCCUCUCCCUCCCUUUCGUGAGAGGUCAUGCCCCUUGCCCUUUCACCUAUCCCCUAUGUCAUGGUCAUGAAUGAAGUAUCUUAUUUAUUUAACUCAGGAGGCAUGCUGGAACAGAGAGGUGCUGGAACCGAGAGUUGCUUGUAUUGUAUAAUGUAUUAUCCACACACCUUUUGGUCUGCAAAGUUACUAUGCAUUCAAAAAAAUACAAAAUAAUGUACAUAUGCUGAGCCCAUUUCAUAUAUAGAUAGAUUACAACAUAUACACUAUCGUCUUUAUUUGAGAUUUUAUUUUUUUCCUCCGCUAUUUUGGUUUGUUACUUCCUCCUUUGAGAUGGAAAUUGCACGAUUUGAUGGGGGUAGGAAGAAGUAGUCCCCUAAUGGUUAAGAUAUGAUUCAAGAUAGGUAAUCUGAUCCUAGAUCUGUUCCUAAGGGCAGCUUCUACCUGGAGCCUGUUGAAGAUAGUACUCUCCAGAGUCACGUUCGGCUGCAACAUUACAAAACCUGUGCGUAGAAACGUGUUGUGGAUAAAAAAAAGAUGAUUGUCUUGAAAGGCUAGGGAAUCGAGUCUGCUCUAUUCGUUACAUUUCUAUCUGCGAAGUUUGAACAUCUUACCUUCCUGAAUACACCCUGGUCACGUCUGUGUUUGUCACCAUGGAAACGUCCCACUCCGCUGUCAUGGGGUCGGAUGUGUUGUAAAGAGAUCUAUUCCUCUGGUUGCACAGUCUCUGAGAGGAGUGAGAGAGGUAGCCUACUGUAGAUAGCAGGAUUGGACACAACUUAAUUUAGUCAAUUUCGGGAAGGGAACAAAUCCUCACAGAACAAAACAGCAGGCUUCAAAUCUUGAAAUGGUAUUCAGCCAAAACGUCUCCUGAGAAGACGAAAUAGAAAUGGAAUUUACCCGUAGUCCCAUCCCGUGCUAGGCCUUACGGUGCUUUGGCUGGGCUAAUUUGUGUGUGUGUUUUGAGAGAGACAGAUGCACAGACCAGAGAGACAGACUAUGGUUGUGUUCAGAAGGCACAAAACGGGGAGAAAUAAACCAGUUUGAAAUGGGAAAUGAAAAAAGUUGGACCAACAAUGUUUCUUCCUAAUUGUGCCUGCUUGAACCCGACCCAUGUCUGUGUGUAACUGUCAGCAGGAACACUUCGAACAGAGAAACGAACUGAGAAUCUGACAGUGACGCAAGGAUUGCUGUAAAUAAAGGAUUGUAUUGGA